AUGGUUAAUAAUUCUCUAGUUUACAUGACUAUUCAAAAAAUAAAUCUAUUGGAAUUAAAAGGAUUCCAGAUCUCACAAAUUGCUGCUGAUCCAACAGGACGUUUUGUUGCAUUAUGUGGAAUCAACGAACUCGUAUUAUGUCCGCUGAAACAGCCUUCACAUUAUAGCGCAUUUUCUCUGCCUUCAAAAUCAGGAUGUUCGGGACUUGCUUGGCGUCCAAAUGACCAUACUAAACUUGCAGUCGUGCGCUCUAAUAAGUGUGAAUUACUUCUUUGGGAUGCUAAUGAAUGUCGUUUAAGUAUGAACGCUAGCUUAGGUGGAUAUGUACGCGUGAUUAAUUCAUUGGAUUGGAGUCCAAUUCAUCCGUUUCUUUUGGCCACGACAUCUGCAGAUCAAUUUCGUGCUAUUUGCGUUUGGGAUAUACGAGAUUUAUCUCGACCAGUUCGAGCUAUGGAAUCUCUUUCCUCACCGGUCAUUGUAAAAUGGAAUCGAUUUCUGGGUGGAAAGUUUGCAACCUGUCAUUCAUCAGGUAUUCGAAUAUGGGAUUUAAGGACCAUUGUCCCAGAGCAAUAUCUCACUGUUCAAGGUGAACAUGUGAAUGAUUUUGAUUGGUCGCCUCAAAAUGUCAAUCAUCUAGUUGCAAUUAGUGAUGAUCCACAGUUAUGCAUAUGGGAUAUUGAAAAUGCUUCAUGUCCAGUGAAAAAGAUUCGAUUACAUGAAAUUAAAAUGAAGAAAGUAUUAUACACUCCUUCUGGUGAUCAUAUUGUGAUUCUACCAGAGCAAUCCUAUUGGUCAACUCAUGGGAUAACAGUAUGGACCAGUUCUAAUCUAACACAGUCUCAUGAUUUAUUCCAAAAGAACGAUAAUAAUAAUAAUAAUCAUAAUAGCAGUGGUAGUAAUAGUAGUGAUAAUAAUGGCAAUAAAGAAUCAUCUACUAUUACUGCCGCUAAUAAUAUGAAUAAUGUAACCAUAUCAUCAUCAUCAGCAACAGCGUUAAUAGCCACAGAUGACCAAUCAACAUCUCAUAAUCACAACACCACCUCCACUAAUAAUCAUUUACGAGACCAACAAGUAUAUCAAACGCAUUGUACAGACUCAUAUGUUCUAGAUAUGAAUUGGUUGAUAUUCUCUCCAAAUAUUCUUCUGCCUAUAGAUGAUUAUGAAUUGGCGACAGCAAAUUUUCAACUGGAUAAUGAAAUACAAACAGUUAACCAAAGUGUAGACUACUGUCCUAGAAAAUUGACACAUCUGCUUACAUGGUCAAUGGAUCAAGUACUCAGUGCAUAUCCAAUUCAUUCCAAGACAAUUUCAUGUCAUGAUACUGAACCGUUAGUUACAAAUCAGUCAAGUAAACAAACAAGAAUAACUAAAGAAAAGUCAACUGAUUUACUUGAUAUGUUAUCAUCUAAUACUAGUUUGAAAACGAAUCAGUCAAAGAAAGCUAGUUGUGUUACAUCAGUGAACUGUUUCAAUAAAUUAAAGACUAUAGAUGGACAAAUUCGUGGUGAAGAAUCUGGUCAGCGUUCAUCGACUUCGAAAUCAAGUUUAUCUAUUUCUGGAAGUGGAGUCAGUACAGAUACAAAAAGCUCAAAUCAAGAAGAUAGCGCUUUCCAAUUCUUAGCUCAAGAAUUAUCUUUACUAAGUCCUAGAGCUGGACAGUACAAAUUAGAAGAGGUGGACCUCAUUAAUCGUACAGCGAAAUUAAUACUAUUCUAUUGUCGUCGUGAUCAUUAUCAUCAUUAUUCUCUAUGUUCAAUAACUAAUAAUUUUAGAAGACGACGUCAUAGUGCUGAAAUGAAUAAUGAAGGUCUUGAUAGUUUACUUUUACCAUCAACUACUGAUUUAAUUUCACAAAUGGAAUUUUCUAAACAUUCUAAUUUUUGGACAGCACAACAUCGUAACUCAUCAUCGAGUGAUAUUGAUCCGACAACAUCAAAUGAUAUCGGUGUUGGUAGUAGUGAAGAGAACAAUACACCUUUAAUAAAUAAUGAUCUGUUAAACCGUUCGUUUACAGUUGCCAGUUCUAGUCAAUAUACAAGAAAUUCAAAUAAUAAUUAUGGUAAUAGUACUUCUAAUAUGCCAUUAGCUGGUUCAAUUAUUCUGAGUGUAGAAUUCCCUGCAAGUUAUCCUUUAAAUGAUGCUCUGCCUGAAUUUCAUAUACUUGAUUGCAAUCCAUCAUUACCUGCAGAAGUAUUGGAUGAAUUAAAGAAUGUUUUACAUUCAACUGCAUCAGAACUUGUUUGUACCUCACGUGGCUGUGUUGAACCAUGUAUACGGAAUGCUGUGAUUACUUUACAAACUUAUCGUCUAUCAUAUGGUCAAACAAAACAAAUUUCGUCAGCAUCUAAAUUAGUAGAUUCAUCUAAUACAAGUCAAGGUGUUGAUGAUGAUGCUUCAAAAUGUGUAACUCUGCAAGGUGAUAAGUCAAACCAGACAACUAUCGGUGCAACAAUAUCAACAAAGGAAAGAAUUAAACACUCGAUAGGAAUACCUUUCCCAAGAACUUCAGGUGUUCAUUUUACUACUAAUGGGUCAGUUGUUUUAUUUGGCAUAUCACAUUCUCUGUCAUCUAUUCGAUCAUCGUUGAAAACUACCACACCAACUAAUUCAACAUUAAAUAACAACACUAAGGAUUGGACACCACAAUCAUAUAAUGCCUACCAGUUAUUUGUUAAUCAGUUUUCAUCAGUUGACGAGGAAUACAAUGCAGAUAUGAGAAAAUCAUUUCAAAAUUGUAUUGGAAGUAUUAUUGAUUCAUUUACUAAAUUAGAAGCAAGUUGUGGUAGAAAAAAACAAGAAGAUAAUGAACAAAAUCAACGGAAAGGUAUUAGUGAAAUGAUUGAUGAUAAAGGUGAACUAUCACCUUUGAAAAUCAAUUUAGCUUCUAGUCGAAAUUCAUUUGAUCUUAUAGAAAAUAAUAAGACAGGAAAAAAAAAUUCUUCUGAAUCUAUACGUGAAAUAGAACAAAAAUGGACUGAUUCAAUGUCUACAUGUAUAAACUUUGUUGAUGCAAAACAUUCUAAUAAAACAUUUGCCAGUCAAUUUAAUACAAUUUAUCCCUCUAACGUUCAAAUAUGCGAUAUGAGCCCUUUAAUUUGGGAUCGAAAUUUAAUGUAUGAAUAUAGUUUGAAUACAGACAAUUUACAACGGAUGUGUACUCAUAAUCUGAAUGCAGUACUUCAUACUCAUCGGAAGGAUUUGAUUCGAUUUUGGCAGUAUGCUUUAGUACUGUCGGUUUCAUUUGGUCAUCUAAAUAACUUUUAUCAAACUGAUAAGCCUUUAGCUUCACAAUUGAUCGGAAGGCCUCUGUUUGAUACAUGGAUUCAACAUUUUCUUCGUGUACAUGAUGUUCAGAGUUUGGCCAUGGCAGUGCUUGUAAUUCAAAGCUUAAAUCGAAUAAAUGAAUUGCAGCUUGAUGUAAUUCCUAGUUCAAGGAGUUCACUAAAUAAGCUGGAUAACACUUUGAAUGCUCACUCAUCUGUUAACAGUAACUUAGAAACACUAUCAAAAUAUCGCGAUAAUGAAUUUGAAAAGAAAAUGAAUCAUUCAAGAUACAAUAUGCUGUCUAACCCCACAUUAGAGCUAUCAUUACCAUUCACUUCAGGCAAUGCAGGUGAAAUGCAAAGUUGGGUCCAGCGUCAGUCAAACAAGAAUAUGAGUCCUAAUCUUACAGAGAAACCAAAUACGAAUCAAUUAUCAAUCAACUCAAUUUGUGCUUAUUAUUCAAGAUUUGUUCAUUUAAAAGAUUUAUUUUCAUUCGAUCAUUACAUUUCUGUUUAUGCAAGUAUCAUUUAUUCUUUACAUGAAUAUAUUUUACAUGCUCGUCUUCUACGUUCUUGGUCAUCAAGUAUUCGAAUUAAUUCAUUGGCUAAUAUUUGGCCUUAUGUACAAACAAGUGCUUUAAUCUUACUUUCAUGUCCAGAUAUUCGAUGUACUUCAAAUUUUAUUCCUAAACAAUUUAAUGGUAUACUAAAAUCUGUACAGUGUACACAAUGUCAAUGGGAAGUGAAUAUAGAACAUCAUAAAUCAUCUAAUGAUAUUAUUCCAAAAAUACAAAGAUUAUUAAUUUGUUCUAUAUGCCGAAAUACUUCUAGAGGACUUGUAUUAAUCUGUCCUCGAUGUAAUCAUGGUGGACAUGUGAAUCAUAUUUAUACAUGGUUUAAUUCAAUUAAUGUAAAUAAUUUUCGUAAACAAUGUCCAUUCAUUAAUUGUGACUGUUUUUGUUCUACUGUUGAAAUGAAUUCAACACAAAUUGUUCAAAUUCAAUGA